CAGUGUGUUUACACGUAUUACCAAAUAUUUUAUUAUUUUGUUUAAAGUAAUAUAUUUAUAUAUUACUUUUAUAAUUGUGAAAUAGCAUAAUUGACGAGAGAAAUGAUAAUUAAUGAUUAUUCAAAUUCAUUAAUAAGAUAGCAUCGCAGAAAUGACACCAAAACGCAAAACUACGAGUUCUGAAUCAACAUCAUCGUCAAGUUCUGGCUCUUCGUCUAGCAGUUCUUCAAGUUCUGGUAGCGAAUCCAGUUCAUCAGAUUCCGAAAAUUCAAGCAGUUCGGCUAACAGUCAAAAAGCAUCAGAUUCAGAAAGAUCCAAGAAGAAAGUACCAUUUUCUCAGGCCAGACAUGUUAAAUCUAAAACUGAACCAACGCCAACAACAACGGCAGAAAAUAAAAGUAAGGAGAGACAGCAACCUAAAUCUAGACCGGUAGUUUAUUCUUCGGAAUCCGAAGAAUCACCUAGCAAAUUGAAACCCAUGAAAAGGAAAUUACCUGCUAAGCCUAAAGCUACAGCAACCAUAUCACCUGUAAUUAAAGUUACUAAGUCCCCUAUAAAACCAUCGUCUAGCAUUACCCAACAUAAAAAUGUUUUAACCGUUAAAUCGAAUGCUAAACAAGUCAAGCUUUCAGGAACUUCAGGAACGAAUGUAAAAGUAUCGGAUAAGAAUACCAAACUACCAUUGGAACCAUUGCAAAAGAAAUUUAAAAAGAAGAGUAUAUUUAGUCCAGAAAAUAGUAGCGAAAGUGACAAUUCUUCUGCACCAAAAAUUAAUGCAAUUAAAGCGGCUAACAAUAACGUCAAAUGUAACAAAACUCAACCCAAGAUGAAACCCGCCGAACCCAAAUUAAAAUCUACCGUACCAACAAGACCAGCUUUAGUAGCUAAACCUCCACAAAUCCAAAAAUCUGAUAGUUCCGUCAGUUCCAAGAGUUGUUCAGGUGGAUCAGGUUCUUCUGGUUCAACGGAUAGUAGCAGCGAUUCAGAUUCAUCGGAAAGUGCCACUAGUCCACAAUCUCAACCUAAAAAGAAAGAAAUUCCGCCACCAGUAGCACAAAAUAUUGCAACAAGUGUGCAAUCUAAAAGACCAUCUACAACAGCUUCACCAGCUAAACCUUUAAAAUGUACAAAGAGACAAGUCAGUAGAAUAAAAAGCGAAGACGAUGGAGAUGCAUCAGCCAGUGACAAAGAAAUAGAUGAAAACAUUGAUGUGAAUCCUUCAAAAGGAACAGUUAGAGGAAAACGAAAAUUGCAGACUCGUAAAGGAAGCAAGUUGUUACAACUGCAAACGAAAGUUGCCAGUGAUUCGGAAUCUGACACAGGUAUGGAAACGGUAGAGCGUAAACGUAUCCUGCAAAUUCCACUGAUCCGGUGUGAUUUAUCGGGAGUAGCUGAGAGCAAGAGAAGUACGAGCAAGUCACCGGUUAAGCGUGCUGGUCCUAGCCAAGGUGCCAGACAUUCGACAUCCACAACAACGACCAAUAGAACAACGCAGAGUGCUACAACUGGGUCUUCCAAUUCUGCUGCUGCUGCUGCUGCUGCUAAUAGAACCGGACAAAAUUCAUACAAUCGUACACGUACCACCACCAAGGAAAGAGAAUGUCCAUUGGCGGCUUGCUGUGAUUCACGUGGUCAUCUUUCUGGAAAAUUCGACACACAUUUUACAUUGGAAGCUUGUCCCUUGUAUCACAAUACUACACCACAACAUUGCAUAGAAUUUUAUAAAGAAAGAAAAAAGAAGGAAGAUGAACGUAAGAAAUCAAUUGCCAAUCUUGCCAAGAAAUCACCAAAAGGUGGACAUCAGACUACGGAACAACGUAAUUAUCAAUUAAAAGUUCGAGAAAUGAGAAGCAAAUGGAAACCUCAUACGGGUGAAGAUAAUGGUAGUGAUAGUGGUAAUGAUCUUCCUGGAAAUGAAAAGAACAAACAACCACGUUUGACAAAUCUAACAUCUGAUUACGAUUUGAAAUUAUUCAUGGAAGCUCAAGCUACGUCCAGCGAAAAAAUUGAAAAGGAAUUGAAAGAAUUGGACUACGACGGUGAUGGUAGAAACAGCGGUGGUACUCGUUGCAUCGAAAUGGGUAAAUGGGAAAUGGAAGUAUGGUAUCAAAGCCCAUAUCCUGAAGAAUUUAGUCGUGCACCUAAACUUUAUCUUUGCGAAUAUUGUCUGAGAUAUGCUAAGAGUCGUCAAGUGUUGAGAAGACAUCGAGAAAAAUGUUUAUGGAGACAUCCACCAGGACAUGAAGUAUACAGAAAAGAUAAAAUCGGUGUCUGGGAAGUGGAUGGUAAACGUUACAAACAAUAUUGUCAAAAUCUGUGUCUCCUAGCAAAGUUCUUUUUGGAUCACAAGACCCUUUACUACGAUGUGGAACCUUUCCUCUUCUACGUGAUGACCAUUGGCGAUUCUGAAGGAUGUCAUACGGUUGGUUACUUCAGUAAGGAAAAAAAUUCAUUCCUGAACUACAACGUUUCUUGCAUUUUGACGUUGCCGCCAUAUCAAAGACAAGGUUAUGGUCGACUUCUAAUCGAUUUCAGUUAUCUGUUAACAAGGGUUGAGAAGAAAAUAGGUUCACCGGAAAAACCUUUAUCGGAUUUGGGUCUAAUAUCUUAUCGAAGUUAUUGGAAGGACGUUUUACUGGAGUACCUUUGUAAUUUUGGUGGAAAAGAACUUUCGGUUAAAGAUAUCAGUAAAGAAAUGGCAAUUGAUUCGUAUGACAUCGUUAGUACCUUGCAAGCCCUUGGAAUGAUGAAAUACUGGAAGGGCAAGCACAUUAUAUUGAAGAAACAAGAUGUGAUCGACGACUACAAAGAAAGAAUGAAAAGACAUGGUCUUGGCUACAAGGAGAUCGAUCCAGAGUGCCUAAAAUGGAAUCCCUUCCAACCUCCUAAGACACCCUCAGCUUCCAACUAAAAGGGCGAAAGGAAAAACGAAGGAGGAUAAAGAAGAUGAAGAAGGUUGGAACUCUUCUCUUUCAUCGUCAUUGCAAAGAAGCAGUAAAGCAGAUUUCACGCCUGUAACGAUCAGUAAAGGGCCAUAGGAAUCCUUCCUGGAACCCGUUCGUUCCACAUCGAAAUGUCUUCGAACAAAACCCAUGAGGAACUCAAUGUCAAACUUAACCUCAAAAAAUCUUUAA